UCAAUCUUCCUCGCUCUCCUUACCGUUCAGUGUCCCUCCUUUUCCUUUCGUCAGCAUCUCUCCUAAAAGAGAUGGCAUGCGUUGGUGCUGCCAGGGCGUUCUGGACUUAGCAUGCACUGAUAGGACCCCUUAUUCCUGGAUUUUGCCGAAUAUUCCUUCGGCUCCCUUGCUUUUGCUCAGUCUCCCCUUGCUGUCCUCUACAGCUGCUGUCACCCCCCCUCCCCACCCCUGUACAUGGGAGUUGGGCCUCUCGGGGAGGAGGGUGUCAACAUCCGUGCUGAGCUCUGGAACCAUGCACAAUAAGCCAUGCCCUGCCUAUGCAUCCUUUAACCAGCUGGAAUCAUUUCCACUUGAGUCCAUCCACAAACCAGCGGCAGUAUAGGAUGAAAAUCUGGAAUCAUGAUGCAAGGACUGAAAAAACGAACCAGGAAAGCCUUGGGUUUACGCAAAAAAGACAAGGAUACAGAGGCGACGAGCUCACCUGACAAAGAAGGAACCGGAAGUGGAAAGAAAGGAAAUAAAAAGACAAAUGGAGCACCCAAUGGUUUCUAUGGCGAAUUUGACUGGCACAGAUAUGCAUCGCCUGAUGUGGAUGAAGAGGGCUUUAGCCAACGUCCUGGUGAUGAAGGCGAUGCAGCUUCCACGGGAAAGCAGUUUUUCUCCUCCAGCGAUUCAGAGGACGAUGAAGAAAGCAAGAAAAAAUUCCAAAUCAAGAUCAAACCACUAGCCGCUGAGAGUGCCAAGUGCAUCCCUCCGUCACUGGAUGAGCUAAAAGCCUCAGUGGGAGGUUUGGCGCUCUCUCCGUCUCUGAAGAGAAGUCCGAGACGCAGUCCGGGACGGAUAAAGAGGCACCUGUCAUGUGAAGAGAUUGCUCGGCCGAGACGCUCUACCCACACGCCCAGUCCUGCCCCCGACACCCCAAGUGGCGGACUACCACAGAACAUCCCUGCCUUCUUUGGACUGACCUCAGAGAGCCAGUAUGGUAGAUAUGAUGUGGUUCCUGCUGAUGUCUGGGGAGGAUCAAGGCCAAGGUCCGAGUCGCCUUUGAGCAGAAGUUUCCCAACAGGAGCUCCUCCCCCACUGCCUCCCAAAAACAUGAUAUCGCAGCGUCAAGGCUAUCCUUCACAAUCUGCUGUUGAUUUACCCAAUGGCAGAGCAAGUCGCAGUUCUGCCCCCAUCUACCUGAGCGUCCUGUCCCCCUCUUCCUACCGAGGCUCCGCAGCCCCUGACCUCGACGACGUGUUUGGCCCCGUGGGUAGCCCGCGCACCGCUGCGGAAACGGCGUCCACCAGAUGGGUUACUUUCCCAAACGACAGACCUCCACCCCCGGAUGAGCCCGCUCCGCCCCCUCCGCCGGAUUCUCCUGCCCCUGACACGCCCUCGUCCACACCCUCCAGCCCGUGCCUCUCGCCUGGACCACCUCCCGAUGAGCCCCCGCCUUCACCUCCGGUGUUCUCUCCUGAGUCGUCGCCUCCUUUUAUGCCACUGGACUCACGUCCUUCCAUCAUGUUGGGACCUCCUCCUCCAGAUGAACCAGCCCCUCCCCUGCCUCCUUACUUCUCUCCCACAAGUUCACCGGCAGUCUGCCUUGAUGAGGAGGCAAUUGAUGAGGAGGUGCUGCAGUUUGCACAUUACACACCCUCUCCAGUAUCAAUAAGUCCAGUGCCUCCUCUGCCAGCGGAAAGAAGGUCCCCUCGAGCAGGAGUUGUAUCGCCCCUGGUUUUGGGGAUAGCGGGGGGGAAAAGGACACCAGAGGGAGUGCACCUGAGAGAUGACAUCCCAGACUUCACUGGUUCACCCAGAGAGCUAACACCGAGCUUCCGUGGAACUCCACCUCCUCUUCCUCCGACCACAUACCGAUCUCUUGUGUCUUCCCCUGGGACUUACUCAGGUAGCUGCCCAUCUUCACCAGCCCGCUCCGCCACGCCGCAGUCUCGAGGCAGUCCGGUCCCUCCUCCUCCUCCCCCACGGCCGUCCUCGCGGCCAAAGUUGCCCCCCGGAAAGCCAAUCCCAGACCUGACUCCGCCCUUCAGUCCUCCAGUCUCUGCAAGUCCUCCGCCUUUUGCGCCACUGGCCCGGGCCGAGAGCGCUUCCUCCAUCUCCUCCGUAACGUCACAUAGUGCGGCGUCCACGCCCACUUUAGGGAGGGACCUCAAUCUAUCCAACGCAGGAUGUUCAAGAGGGCCCAGCCCACUUACCAUGGGACCACAGGACACUCUGCCAGUGGCAGCUGCCUUCACAGAAACUGUUAAUGCCUAUUUCAAAGGCGCGGACCCCAGCAAGUGUGUAGUGAAGAUCACCGGGGAACUGGUGCUCUCCUUCCCGGCAGGCAUCACCAGGCAUUUUGCCAGCCACCCGACUCAACCUGUCCUCAUCUUUAGCAUCAGCAACUACAGCCGACUGGAGCAGGUCCUCCCCAAUCCACAGCUGCUGUGCUGUGAUUCCCCAACAGACAGUGUAGACACCAAGGAGUUCUGGGUGAAUAUGCAAAACUUGAUGAGUCAUCUUAAGAAAGUGGCUGAGCAGAAGCCCCAGGCAACAUACUACAAUGUGGAUAUGAUCAAAUAUCAGGUGUCAGCAGAUGGAAUCCAGUCCACUCCUCUCAAUCUAGCUGUGAGUUGGCGUGGCGAUGCCGGGAACACAGACCUAAGGAUAGACUACAAAUACAACACAGAGGCCAUGGCGACCCCAGCUCCCCUUCACAAUCUCCACUUUCUGGUUCCGGUCGAUGGAGGCGUAGCUAAACUCCAGGCUAUGGUCCCACCUGCCACCUGGAAUCCAGACCAACAGAUGAUACAGUGGAAGAUUCCCAGCCUUUCGAAUAGGUCUGAAAAUGGAGGAGUAGGGGCUCUCCUGGGCCGCUUCCAGAUGACUGAGGGUCUCUGCAAACCCUCCCAGCUGACAGUUCACUUCACCAGUGAGGGCAGCACGAUGUCCGGUUGUGAUAUUCAGCUGCUCGGGACAGGCUACAGGCUAUCCCUAAUUAAGAAGAGGUUUGCUGCAGGGAAAUAUUUGGCCGAUAAUUAGCGGACCUGUCCAAGCGCACAAACGGUGAAUCUGUGUUUUUUGACUCUGAAGACAAAUAAAUCAUUUUCAUGUAUUUUAAACUUUACAACACCCAUCAGUGAAAAGAGGCCUGCAGGGUGUAUGCAAAAUAUUUAGUUUGUUACUUGAAAUACUUUUGGGCCCUAAAGAAGUCCUGGAAACGUAAUAACGAGUCCAUACAGCCAAACCUCCCUACUUUUGUAGAUGAUAUAUAUUAUGACCAUAAUCCUAAAGUGGAAAAUGUACAAAAUUUGUAUUAUAGGGAGGGUCACUUUCUGAUGGAAUGAUAUUAAUUUAGAGAUUAUUGAAACACAAAUACACACAUUAAUUUUUACAUCUCUGCUAAAACUGAAACUUAAUUAACAUUAAAGCUGAUAUAUUUUUAAAAAUAUGAACCGUUAGCCACUCAUUUGAAAGACCUGUGUGGACAAGGAGUAGAGACUGGCAAUCGAUCAGCUGCAGUUCUUUGGCUGAGACAACAAACUGUAUUUUCACGGCCAUACGCCGCAGCGUAUUAUAAGGCGCAGUGUCAGUAACUUUUAAGCGCGCCUUAUGGUCCCGAAUAUACAAAAAAUAUCAUAACACCGUGGGGCACGUGAAAUGAAAAAAAGAAACAAAAAAGAAAUCCUUAGCUGCGUGUGAUUGACGAACGACUUUUUUUGGACACUUUCUGUAGGUUGUCCACUUGAGCCUUAAGAUUAACAAGGGUUGUGCCAUAUCUUAGGAAAAGGAGGUUGUUAUUUCAAGAGUGAUACUCUAUCUACUGUAAUGCUGCUUGCUAACUUGGUUUUGAUCUUAUAUGGAGGUCUUGGUUAACUGGUGGACAUCAAGUGAUGAAUGUGUACCAAAAAAAAAAAAAACUGAUCCUGCAUAUGUAUGUACCUGCUGUGACUACUUUUAUUUUGACCCUGUUGAUUCUACGUUGAAUCAUUUUUCUAAUAAGCAAUAUUGAGAUAUUUAAGUGUAAAAAGUGUAGAUAAAGAGCUAUGUUUCAAAUAUUUCUCUAGGCAUAUGGAUAUGUGUCUGUGCUUAUUUGUUUAUUGAUGUCAUCCUAAAGCGGUUAGGUGAUAUGUCAUCACUGUUUCUCCUCAUCUAUUGUUUACCCUGUGUGUCUCGUGUACAAAAACAAGUGUUACUGUUCAUGAAUAACUCUGGUGCCGCAUGAAAUCAGUUGCUUUAUUGUGAUGCUUCUCCAUGUCAAAAGCGUCAUGAUGCAGUGUAUUAUUGUAAAACCAUGCUAUCACUUCAUGUAAACGCCUACCAUUGAAUUCGGCAUGUAGUCUUUAACAUUCCGGCACUCUGAUGGAGAUGUUUGACCUGCACACAAAGCCCCUGAUAUUUCUUUCAUUUAUAUUUCAUUGUGUCAUCUUCAGACUUAAUCAUCAAUGUUGACUCCCAGUUUAGGCCUCGUGUAAGAACGGCUAAUUUAAGUUGCUUCUAUUUUAUUUGCCUUAUCUUUGAGCAUAUUGAACAUGAUGUUUUUAAUGGCUGUCUGUCUUUAAAUACACAGAGAAUAUGCAAACAUUUAACGUACAUUUCCCAUCCAAAGAUUUUGAAAGUAAAUAUGUGAAAAAUCAAUACAAUGUAAUUCCUGUUUUACUUGGGUAAUAAAGAAAAGAAAAGAAAA